AUAACUUCUCUUCCUAUCUCCCAAAAACCAAAAGAAGGAUAAAACAAUUUGGCAUUUUUUUCUCCAUUUUCAAUCAAUUAAAUUUGUGAUUUUUUUUCUCUUCAAGAACACUCACCUCGUCGAUUCUUUCCCGUGUUCCUUAAAUGGAUGGUGAUGGCCAAUUAUUAGUUCCACAAGGGCUAACACAAGAAGAAUUUGCAGAAUUGGAGCCCUUGAUUCGAAAUUACCAUACCUUUGAGGAUUUACCAAACACUUGUACUUCUCUUGUGACACAGCGCAUAGACGCGCCUGUCGAUGUUGUGUGGCCAUUCGUCCGUCGUUUUGAUAAUCCCGAGAAGUAUAAGCACUUCAUCAAAAGUUGCAGGAUCGUGUCAGGUGAUGGCGGAGUUGGCAGCAUAAGAGAAGUCACAGUUGUGUCAGGAAUACCUGCAUCUACAAGUACAGAACGUCUAGAGAUAUUAGAUGAUGAAAAACAUAUUUUAAGUUUUCGAGUUGUUGGAGGUGAACAUAGAUUGACAAAUUAUAAAUCAGUAACAUCAAUUAAUGAAUUCAACAAAAAUGGAAAAAUUUAUUCUAUAGUUUUGGAAUCAUAUAUUGUUGAUAUUCCAGAAGGGAAUACUGGUGAAGAUACAAAAAUGUUUACCGAUACUGUUGUGAAAUUGAAUCUACAAAAACUUGCUUUAGUGGCAAUGUCUGCUAUGCAUGGGCACGAAUAAUUAAUCGUGAUG